GAUUGGGAUCCAAGGCACCGGGUGAGCUCUGUGCUCAGAGGAAGCAUCCGCCUGGCACCAAUGGCCUUCCUGGUGUCUGGGACACUGCGGGUGGCUGCGCAAGUGGCAGAUGCUCAAGACAGCCUGGGAAGAAAGGGGAAGUACCGUGUGCAGGGUCCAAGGGUGGCCCUGACACUCAGCAGCCCUGAGGUGUCAGCCUCUACAGUGGCUUUCCUGGAGGGUGUGUUCCAGACCCUGGGCUUUGAGAGCUGCUGGAGGAGGGAGGCUUUGGUUCAGGACUUCCUUGAGGAGCUGACUGGGUUCCGGAAACAGCUGGUUGCCCAUGGGGCCCCUGUGGGCUGUGUCCUAGUGGCCUUGGUGGCCCCCAGUGGGCAGCUGAGGCAGCCACAGAAGUUGGUUUGGGAGCUGAGUGGUUGUGGGGCCCUGCGGGGCUGCCCCAAAGUCUUCCUCUUGCUCUCGAGUGCUCCUAGGGCCGCCCCCGAGCCCGGAGCCUUCCUCACUAGCCUGUGUGAACUCUGUGGCCGCUGCCCUCACUGGUCGCUGCUGCAGCUGCUGACGGAGGUCUUCGGCAGGACAGCUGAAGAGUCCUCAGGGGCCAUCUACUGCCCAGUCCUUCGGAGCUCCUUGCGGGGGGCACUGUGCCUGGGGAAGGCGGAGCCCUGGCGGCCUGAGGCAGAACCCAGCCCCAGCGCUCAGUACGACCAGUCUGGGGACAGGGCUGCCCUCCUGCUAGCUGUCAUCCGGGACCGGCCUGGGGCCCAGCACGAUGUGGACGCACUGGGGGGCCUAUGCCGGGCCCUGGGCUUUGAGACCACCCUGAGGAUAGACCCUACAGCUCAGGCUUUCCAGGAGGAGCUGGCCCAAUUCCAGGAGCGGCUGGACACCCGCAGGAGCCCCGUGAGCUGUGCCCUCGUGGCCCUGAUGGCUCAUGGGGGGCCUCAGGGGCAGCUGCUGGGGGCUGAUGGGCAAGAGGUACAGCCAGAGGCAUUUGUACAGGAGCUGAGCCGCUGCAGGGCCCUGCGGGGCUGCCCCAAGAUCUUCCUGAUUCAGGCUUGCCGUGGGAGACACAGGGAUGCUGGCAUGGGGCCCACUGCUCUCCCCUGGUUCUGGCGCUGGCUGUGGGCAGCACCAGCCACCCCGUCCCACGCCGAUGUCCUCCAGAUUUAUGCCGAUGUCCAAGGUAGCAGCUCCAGGGGCCGCACUCCAGGGAGCCGUGACCAAGCAGACAUCCUAACGGUCUAUGCAGCUGCUGAGGGCUGUGUAGCUUAUCGGGAUGAGAAGGGUUCCGACUUCAUCCAGACGCUGGUGGAGGUCCUCAGAGCUGCCCCUGGGGGAGACCUUCUGGAGCUGCUGACGGAGGUCAAUCGUCAGGUGUGUGAGCUGGAUGUGCUGGGUCCUGACUGCGAUGAGCACCGCAAAGCCUGCCUGGAGAUCCGCAGCUCGCUGAGGCACCGGCUCUGCCUGCAGCUUCCCAGCCGGUGCUGACAGUGGGUGGCCAUACCCCAGUGCCACCAUAGACCCCACCCACUUCUCAGUUACUUUACCUACAAAUGGGGCAUCACAGCAGGGUGCUGGGCACAGCUGGCAUGCAAUAAACCUCUGUUGAUCACUGCAUACCUCCCCACGCGGGUCUAGGACCUACUCUGACAGCACCGCUGCGGGGACUCACGUUGGUGGAAGAAGCCAGACAACUACAGACCCUGAAGCCACCGGCCCAGGGACCCAGGAGUCCGCUGGAAAUUGUUUACAUGACACAUAGUUCAGACGAGGAAAACUGCGUUAGAUGAGGGUUUGGACUGUUGGGGUCGGGUGCAUUAUAAAAUGUAAGAGAUUAUUGUCAUGAAAAAGCUUUGGAAAUAGUGGUAAUGGUUGCGCAAUAUUGUGACUGUAAUUGAUGCCACUGAAUUGUACAUUUAAACAUGGUUAAAAUGGCAAAUUUAAUACUAUAUAUA